AAUUGAUCAACUCGUGCGGUGAAACCAGCAUUUGAUGUGGGAGUAGUUUUCGGCGCCGAUCUGAAAAGCCUCACCGACGAACCGACACGGUCGCCGUCAUCCUUGGUACUGUUGUACGCUCGGACGUCAGAUACGCGAGCGGCGGCAAUAGCCGUGACAGCCAUUGCCAGACAGCAGCAUGUCUUCGGCAGACGUGGGCCAGAGCCCGGCGAAAGAACCCACGCACAUGAACAGGAAAGACCCAUCUUACGUCGGCAUCAGCUGCACCAACUACGGAUACACAGAUUACUCGAGGCAGAGCAGAAACUUCAGUCCGGUUAGCAGAGUGCCCUUAGAUCCGCCAGCGGAAGGCGCACCUUUUGCGACAGCUCUCACAAACAACAGCUACCACAGCGUGACUGCGAUCUGCUCACCCGCGAAUGAAAUUCGGAUCGAGGGCGUGUUCGAAGCAGCGUCAAAGCGUCAGAAUGGAGGAACCGACCGCCCGUCUAUGAUAGCGCAGAGGAUUCAAUCACUAUACGGGGAAAAAACGAAGGAAGAGUUCAAGAAAAGAUCGAAAAGUGCUGGACCGUUGCAACGAAACCCCUACGAGCCAAACUACAAGCAAGGUCUCUUGGAGCUCGCGGAGAAGUUCGACCCCGAGAAGGAGGAGCUCAAACCCUCGAAUUUUCCCGGUAGCGUUCGAGAGAAGACAGCGUUCGUAGAGAAACUUUUGAAGAAGGACGUCAAAGAGGGCAUCAAACCAUUGGAGGAGUUGAAAAAGCCACCCAAAUUCGAGAUACCGUCGCGGAAAAAGUCCGACGAAUACUACAAAGAACAGCGGGAGAUCGAAAAACAGAAAGCGCUCCAAUUCAGCUUACGAUUGAAAGAAGCCGAAGAGAAGCGCAGAGCUCAGGAGAAGGUCGAAGCUGAGCAGCGACGGGUAAUCGAAGAAGAACAGCGUCGGCGUGACGAAGAGCAGAGACGACGCGACGAGGAAGAGCGGGCGAGUCACGUGGAGACCAUCCCUCAGUACACAACGGUCGAGUGCGAGCAACCGCAAAUCGUUGAGACUGUUAUUGUGAAUACGAGUUUCGGAAGCAACGACUCGCUCGCAGAGCUCGAUCAGCAGACAGGCUCCCGGAAACCGGAACAGGUUGACAGCGCGGGUGCCGACGAGGUCGAUCGAUCCGAAAUCCUUGUUCCGGAAGAACAGAAAUCGCGACAGCAGACAGAGGUCAAAGAAACCAUAACCACGACCGUCCAGUCCAGCGAGCAGGCGGGCGAUAACAUCGCAAAUCAACACUCUGUCACGUCGAGCGUGACAACCUUCACGGUUGUAGAGCAGGUUCUCAUUCCAGAGUCUAUCGACGAGGUCGCUUCGGCAGAGUCCCUCGACGAGAAGGCCACCUACGAAAAUCAGGAGAAAGCAUCCCGGUCUUCGGGGGAAAACUCCGAGGCUCUAGCACCUAAAACACACACAGAAGGAGUUAUGGCGGGUCGAGAGUUUCUUGUUAUGCUUGAUGAUGCAGAGGAACGAAUAAGGAAGAGAGUCAGAAUAACGGAGGAGUAUCUCAAGGACACACAUUCGGAAGAGAUCCACGGAAUACUCAGAGCAGCGAUCGGUAAAGGCAAUCUUCUGAUCGCUCAGAAAUGCACCCAAUUCCGAGGCCUGUGUGAGAAAAAUCUACAAGAACCCAAAGAGGGAGAAUUCCCGACAACUCGCGGUGAUCUCGAAGGUUUUUGGGACAUGAUCACGAUUCAAAUAGAUCAGAUGCUGGACACGUUCGAUGAAAUUGAGCAAAUGCGUGCCAAUAAUUGGAAAGAACCAGAACAGAACUCCACGUCUUCGUCCCCCACUAGAAGUACUUCGUCUCCGGCUAAGAAGAAGCUUCCAAAUCCUCUACGGCCAAGGAACGGCGCAAGCGGAGACAAGCAACGCGAAGAGGCGCGGAAGAGACUCAUGGAGGCGAAAAAAGCUGCCAAGCAGAAAUCCGAGGAGGUUGCGUCGAACUAAGAGGCUAAUUGACCGACGAAUUGAAUUACCGGACCGUCCAUCUUCGAAAUUUAUGGGGAGUCGAACUAGGGAGGAAAGUUCCUAUUUUCUUAGCGAUCCAAAUGAGCAAUCUCGCAAUCCCGAUCGAAUGUGCGAUCGCAGGUAGCGGUGAAUUGGGCCGCGGGGGCCGAAGGUCACCACGCUACCCAUAGCGACAUCGUUCCUGCUCGAGGCACGUGGCUGUGUGUCGAAAAGCAUGGCGACGAGAAUUCGCUCCCUUAGACCCCAAGAAGUGUAGAAUCUGAAUCACCGAACUCUACAAAUACCCAUCCUAUAGAACCGAAGAGCGCCGCAAUGCUCCCAGGGUGUCGUCUUCGAAUGUGAACGUUCGAAUAAUCCAGAGAGAAAAUUCACCGAUAUCCACAUCGAGCAGGGAUCGGAUCUUCUUGAU